GGUGUUCCUCGGUCUGCCUGUUGAAAUCCUCCGGAGCGUUUCCUCCUCCUUCUACCCGCGGCAGCAGGAGGGCGGAGGAGCCGAGCGGAGCCUGCUUUCCCACGGAGAGAGAACUUUCCAUGUGGGUUUGCUGUGGCGCUCGGAGGAGGAGGAAGAGGAGGCACGGCCGAGGGAGAAGGGACCGUCCCGGGACCCCCAGCAGGGCAGGUGGUUUUCAAGCAUCAGCGUCCUCGCCAUCUGAAAGUCUCUCCAGCGCUCCCAACCCCCCAGGACGCCACACGGCCGAGUGUGGUCUCUGGCUGGACAAGGGGGUCCUCAUCGCCUGUCCGCAGGUUGUUGGUCCCCACCGGACAGAAAGCUGGGAGCCACUUUCACCAUGAGUGAUUUUUGGCACAAACUGGGCUGCUGUGUGGUGGAGAAGGCGCAGCCGCAGCAAAGGAAAAGACGGCGGAUUGACCGCAGCAUGAUCGGCGAGCCCAUGAACUUCAUCCACCUCACGCACAUCGGUUCCGGCGACAUGGUGAACGAGGGCCUCCCUGCCGUGUCAGGAGCCGUCCAGGAAAUGAGAUCCAAAUGUGGGCGAGAAAGACCUUGGAGCAAUUCCCACAUUUUAUAACCUCGCGCAGGGUUUCCUCCGUUUCCGUGCUAAUUAAUUACAAAAAUAAUCGUUAGAGAAAAAGAAAGAAGAGCAUUUCUGCCUCACUUGAAUUUUCUGUUGGGUCUUGUCGAAACGGGUUGCCAAACUCAAAACCGUUGAGUGAAUUAGUCACCGUGUAACUUAUCCUUUUUCAAAAAAUUUUGUAAGAGCAACAGCCCCAACAUCCAUCACUCUGCACAUGCCCAGUUGACUGUUCCUUUCUGGCAUUGUUUGCUCAGCGGUACCCACCCCCAGGGUGGGGACAAUUUUGCACAGGUACAACCUUGCAAAGAAUUGAGGAUUCCUUACCCAGAAUCGACCCACGAUGCUUCCAUUUGUUUUGGCUCCUUUAUAAACCCACCACACAGACUGAAUUAUUUGUGGUGUUUUUGCAGAAGUUUCUCCACUGGAUUUUAUUCUUCAGGAUGUAUCCUGGCCACAACACAAGACAUUCUGGAGGCUAUUAAGGUAUGGGGCCACCAUCUUGCAGAACAAUCCCUCCUGAUGCUGCCGUAUCUCAUUCUGGAUUCCUUAUAGCCCCCCCCCCCCAGGCCGAGGCAGGGGGUGCUAAAACAUCUUCCAGUGACUGCUGAUUUUUUCAAGGAAGCAGGAUCAAAACCCAACAGCAAUUCGGUGCUUGUGAUAUUUGUUGUUGUUAUUAUUAUUAUUAUUAUUAUUAUGGUUUGUCUUGUACUCAGCCAGAUGUCCAGGCUGGAUUUGGCAUUUUUUUGCCUACCUGUCAAAUUUAUUUGCUGCCUGCCUUGCAGUUCGAAGUGACUCUAAGUGGCUUUUCUCCUUGAAAAGCUUUCUGUCCUAAAUCGACCCCCCUCUGCUCUUUGCCCAAAUGGGGAUCCAGAAAAAUCCACACAUACCCCGCAGGUUGGCAAAGACGUUGGGAUCCAGAGAUGAUCCGAGGGGCUCCAUUCCUCAAACUCCCACAGCCAGGAAGAAUUUGCCCCCUUUCCUUCGUGGAUUGAAGCAAACACACACACACACAUACCCAUGCAGAUGGACAGCUGGGAGAUGGGGGCAAAAUUGCCACCAGGAUAAACCACAUCUCUGCAAGCUUGUAAAAGGCGGCUGGAGAAAGUAUCCCACGGAGAGUGUUUUGUCUGGAAGAGGCUCAGUGGGGACCCUUAUCCAAAAGUCCCAUCUUUGUUUGAACAUGGCUGGUGUGUCUCUCUUCUCCAGCCAGGCUUGUAUAAAAAAAUGUGGAGGCAACGUUGUGGAAAGCUUGCUGUUUUGAUAACACUUGUUUCCCAGGUUUGACUCUCCUGCGUUCCCAUGCUUCCCUUCUCGCUCAAAGAGACUUUUAGAGGAUCCAGCCUGGAGGAGAGAAAAAAAGUUUCAGAUUCCAGGUUUUUUAGCAUCCUGAUAUCUGAGGUUGUGUGAGAUUUCUCUGUGGGAUUUCUUUAUUCUCCCUCUGAAACUGGAGUUGCAGAAUCCACAUGACGCCCCCCCCCCCCCCCGCUGAGCCUGGGAAUCCUUAGUUGAUUCCCACUGCAGCGGAACCCACACAAUUUUCUCUUGGUGUCUUCAGCUCCAUCCAGUCUCCCCCCCCCCCCCCGAAUCUACUCAAAUUAAGGGAUUACAGGGUCGUAAAAAGAGGUUUUUUUCUGUGUCUCUUUUGUUCCUUACAAGCAGGUCAGUUCUGUAGAGGAAACCUUUAGAAGCCAAUCAAGUUUGAUAUUUUUUUUCCUUUUUUUUCCGGCGGGAAAACAGCUAGAUGUAAAAUUAAAACUGUCCAUUUUUGUCUUCUUUUGACCAGACAAAAGUUAGCUUUCCAAGUGGAAUAGCUGUUUAGCUAUCCAUUUUAAAAAAUCUUUUGGGCUUCCAAAGCCGAAGAUUGCAACGCCCAUUAUUCCCAGCAAAUGUUGGCAGUGGAUGAGGGGAUCUAUAGUUUAACUUACCUGAAAAGCAUCUUUUUUUUUCACUCCAAAUAUUUAGCUGAUGGGUCGACGUUUAAAACAACAACAAGAACAACAAAAAAUAGAACUUUUGGCAUGUUUAUAUAUUUUUUUUAGCCCAGCUGGUCUGGGGUUAAAAAGGAUGGCUUUGGGGAAAAGAAUAGCUGGGCUGUUCGACUAUCUUUUAUUAGCCAGAAAGUUAUCUUUUUUCUUUCUUUUUGCAAACAAGAAAAUUAUCAUUUGUGUGUAUGUGUGAAAGGAGGAGAAAAUAUAUUAUUUGAAUAUAAUGUUGCAAUUGAGACACUGAAAUCUGGGAGAAAGGGAGAGAUAUAUUGUGCUGGUUUGGUCUUUUUUUUUUUUAAAUCUUUUCUAGGCUAAGUGGAACAGAAGAAUUAUGUAAUCUAUUUCUUUCUCGUAUGUUUCUGUGUUGCACAGAGUGUAAUGUAUGUUUGGAAAAACAAAAUUAAAUGGCAAAGGAGAA